GAUCGAAACUAGGACGGGACUUAAGGUUGCUAGUACCACGGAGAGCAUUGAGAGUGAUGUCUCUGAGUCCACAGAGCUCGAUGCUACCUCUACAAUGAAGGAUUCCAGUGAACGAUCGACGGAAGAGUUAACAACGUCCACGCAGAGUUCUACAGACAGUGAAGAGUCUUCGACGAUCACAUCAACCGCCACACCGUUUGUCUCAACCACCGAUGGUGACGAUAGCGAAUCGACAACCGAUUAUGAUACAACUACGGACGAGCAUGCGGAGGAAGGUGAGCUAAAAACGGAUGGAGUCACGAUCGGCACAAAGGACAUCACAGCAACUCCAGUGACCACGGUUCCCACGGUUAAGAAACCAAUAACUUCCAUUCGUCCAUCGAACCCACUGAAAGAGAAUAAUCUGCUAUCGGUUUUGUUAAGCGGGCUGUCCAAUAUCUUCGACGCAACGAAGAACGAUUCCGGUAAACAGUCCCAGAAGAACCGCACCGAGUAUCGCCCCGUUACACCCAAACCCAUUCCAAUCAGUGGGUUCCAUAAGGUCGGUAGCAUUCCUUCGAUCCUGGAAUCGGAUGUAGGCAUGGAUUACGAUGAGCCAACAUUGCCUCCGAGCUUACCGAAUUUGAAAAUUAUUCCCUUCCUACCGGCGGAUGCGGUGAAGAAGAGCGAUCCACCGAAGCAGCAGCCGGCAAGCAUCGUGGCCCCGACGUAUACGUACUUCAAGAACCACCCGAACAACUAUCCGAUCGUCAAUGAACCGUACGAGACACCGACGGCGUACGGGAUUGGCAAUGAGCACGAAAUAUUGCAUCCCGGAUUGUCCUACAAUACGGCCCCCAAACCGAUCGGAGAGUAUGAGUAUGCGUACGAUCCGACGCUCAACUAUCCGGCCCUGACGGAGAACUACGAAAUAGCGGCCAAGAAUGGGUACUAUAACACGAAGAUCAUUCGAGAUAAGUAUGAUACGGUUGAUGAGACGGAUUACGAUUACGAUACGGAUACGAUACACAAGUAUGCCGAGCUGCCGCAAAAGCAGGAGCAGCUGUUCCAGAACGAGCUGAAGAAGUUUAUUCCGACCAAGUAUGAAGCACCAAAGGAAGGCACGUACGUUCCGGUGUACGAUAAGUAUGGCGUUGGAUAUCCGGAGAAGAAUGUCUACUACACGAACCACAAGGAGCUGGCAUACGGUGGAGCAAAGAUUGAUAAACCGCAAGCGAGCACCGAUAAUCCGCUGUUCCGGAUUGAUGGCACCGAUAUGAGCGGCUUUUCCCCUCCAACCAAGACGGAAGGUGGCUUUGUACCGAAAGAUCACAGCAAGGAUACGUAUUACUACGAUCGCUACGCUACCACACCAUAUCCGAUAGAGCAACCAGGCGAAGAGCAUCACGCAAAGUUACCAUACAACGUCACACCGACCAGUUCCUAUGGAGUGACUCCAGUGAAUCCGUUUAUCGAUGUUAUUCGAACGGAACCGGCACCUCCCUUGAUGACGUUGAUCGAGGAUAAGGAGAAGCUGCUUUCAACACUGCACACCAACAGGAACACCACGCUCGAUGCCAUGCUCGCCGAUCCCAGCGGGGCAAGCGAUGAGUUUGAGAAGGAUAUCAUUUCCAUCACAACGGACACCAAUUACGUCGCAGAGGAGGAGGAGAUUAAUACCGUAACCCGGCGCACAACACCCUCGAAACCCAACUUUACCGGUUUUGAGCUGAAUUUCCCGGUCUCGGUACAUCAUCCGAUGGAACCGGUAUCGCCAGCACCGGCCAGACCUUCUACAGUACCGAGUGGAACCGAGCAGGAUCCGGAACCGAGUGGUAUGUUCAGUCUAGAGAAUAUGCUCAACUACCUGCUUCGUGAGGAGGAUCCUGUCAACGAGAAUAAGCUGCGGAACAGUAGCAAUCCAGGAGGUGCAGUGUCGGCCGCACUCACGGAUGGUAUUCCUCCGUUUAAGACGCUCCCGCAAAGGCUGGCCGCGGUGUAUGAUCCAUCGGUUGGCCUCGAAGCAUCACUUGGUGAUGUGAGUCCACCAUCGGACGAGGAGCUACACGAAGGUACGGUCACGCUCAAGGUGGAGAGCGCCAAGAAUGACACGAAAACACUCUACCGGCCAUCGCUGUUAGAUCUACCGUUCCUGAAUCCGGGUUUCCACACGAAACCGAUCAACCAACCGGCCGAAGCGGAUCUAUCGGAAUCACAGAACGAGCUCGAUCGGUAUCACGUGCUGGCCGACGGUGCAUCAAGUGCACACGCUGCCAGCAGCUCGUAUGUGGUCAAUCCGGUUGACAUUAACAAACUGAAGCAGCACCAUUCCGAGGGUACGGCCGAGAUUACCAUGAAGUCGAAGGUAAAGGAUACCGUCGGCAUACUGAAGCUGGCCGGAUGUAACAUCUACGGACGGAUGUACCGUGUUGGGCGCAUCAUUUCCGAGCUCUCGGGACCGUGUCUGGAGUGUAAGUGUACCGAGGUCGGUGUGCACUGUACGCCACUCGACUGUCGGCGGUAG